CGUCACAGCACUAAACCGGAGACGGAUUUCCGAACCAAGUACAGCAAAAUAGCCUCUACAGUACUUUGUUUACGUCCUGUUGGUUAGCUGACAGCUGUUGUAGCUUGUUAUCCGGAAAAAUAGCAUUUGUGCUGUCCUCAUGCGAAUGCUUUGACCUUUUUAACACUCGCCGCCACGUAGUUGUGGAUGCUGAAAAUGGAAUGUUUUGUUGAUUGAGGGCGUCCCGCUUAGAUGCCGACAGGAGGAUGAGCUCCAUCACCGGUCGGGUUCUUGCCAUCCCCGCUGCCUCUGUUACCAACUCCGGAGCUUCAUCAUCCAGAGCCUUGCACGUGGAGCUCACAUCCCAGCAGAGACGAUUACGUCAUCUCCGGAGCAUUGCAGCAAGAAACAUCGUCAACAGGAAUGGUUCCCCACUACUGGAUACAUACUUCACCCUCCAUCUCUGUAUAGGAAAUCGUAUAUCUAGUGAUUUUUACAAGAGUGAAGUCAUUCGUGACUCUCUGAAUCCUACCUGGAGGAGUCUGGACUUUGGCAUGUUGCCGGACCUUCUGGACACCUCAGUGUCUUGCUUUGUUGUAAGGAUCUGGGGAGGACAGGAGAAACAAUACCAGCUGCUCAUAGAAUGGAAGGUCAAUCUGGAUGGCCUCAGAUAUACAGGGCAGCAGAUUCGGUCCAGGAAUACAAAUGAGAUCAUAUUUGGGUUGAAUGAUGGCUAUUACGCGGCUGACUUUGAUCAGAAGGAUAAUUCCGAGCGCAAGAAAAAUAGUCUGCUUCAGGUCGACCAGAGCUCAGUUAGAAAUUCUUACAGUGUUUUUUCAUUGCUCAGGCUCCACACAGCCCAAAGAGCCAUCAAACAGACCCAAGUGACAGUGCAGAAGAUUGGAAAGGAGAUUGAGGAGAAGCUAAGAACAACAGCAACGUGCACAGUGCGGAAAAAGGAGCGAGAGUGUAUGCGUCUACGUUUAGCUGUGCUUCGUAGUGAACUUCAUCGGCAGAGGAAGUCUCUUGGCAGAGAAAUAGAUGUGCGGCAGAAGGACAUGGCACAGCUUCAGAAGAAAGAGGAAUUGUAUGCUGCACAACAUGAAGGCCUGAAGGAUGAAAAACAAUCCUUAACCAUGCUGCAUAAGGAAUGCACUGCCAAAAGAGAGCAGUUCCUGAAGUUCAAUGCCCAGCUCACGUUUCGCUGCCGACAGCUUCUCUCUGAGCUGUCCUACAUUUAUCCCAUCAAUGUGGCAAAUGUGUCAGAUUACGUUAUCUGCGGAGUGAAGCUGCCAAAUUCUGAAGACUUUCAAGCAGCAAAGGAUGAUGGGAGUGUGGCAGUUGCUCUGGGCUAUACGGCACACCUGGUCCUGAUGAUCUCGUGCUUCCUGCAGAUCCCACUUAGGUAUCCAGUCAUCCACAAAGGUUCACGCUCCUCCAUCAAAGACACCAUCACUGACAGACUCAAUGAAAAAGAGCGAGAAUUUCCUUUGUACCCACGAGGAGAGCGGUUUCAUUUUGAGUAUGGUGUCUACUUGCUCAACAAGAACAUUGCUCAGCUGAGAUAUCAACAUGGCUUGACCACCCCAGACCUGCAGCAAACACUACCCAACCUGAAGAACUUUUUGGAACAUGGCUUGCUUGUCCGAUGUGAUCGACACCAUGUUUCUAGCUCCAUCCCCGUGCCAGGGAAGUCUCACCUCGGGGUUCCUAGUGCCUCGGAAGCAGCUUACCAACGACACACCGGCUCCCCUGACCGGGGACUGAGGAAACGAGCGAAUUCUGAGACCGACAAGUACAAGACAAAUCCACCGCCCAAUUUUGGCGCAGCUGUCGGGGAGGAACCAGCUAUGGUAACCCAAACAAAGCAACCAUCUCCGCCUAAACUCUUGUCUUCUUCCCUGGAUGCCUCCAUGGCCUCACUUGACCUCACAGAGCCCAUUGAAGCGAAAGAAGACGGAAUAAAGAUAGAGGAAGAGGGCGGUACAGCCGCAGAGAAGGAAGUCCACAAAGAUCAGACUGAAGAGCAAACACCCCACAGCACUUCAAGCUCUUCUACACUGGCGAAAUUUAGUGACGAUCCAGCAACCGCUGGUCAGCAUACAGGCAUCAUGAACGGCUCAGUGGUUCCAGGACAGGUAACGAUUCCAGGUCCUGGUCCAUGCUGCUCAGUGGAGCAAGCUGAGGAGAUCAUGGGGACAGAGGCCACCAACUUGGGCCUGGGAAUGGGACUACGGGUGGGCUUGGAGAUGGCUGAGGAGACCAGGCUGGAAGACUACCGCUGUAUCCCUGUGGACCAGGCGGUAGCUGUAGAAUGUGAUGAGCAGGUGCUCGGGGAACUGGACGUUGCUGGCUUCGAAGAGUUCUCCAGACGCAUCUACGCACUGAAUGAGAACAUGUCUAGCUUCCGUCGACCGCGCAAAAACUCAGACAAGUGAAACAGAUGACUGAUGAAGACAGGCUGGAGUAAGAGAUAGAAAACAAAAACUUGCACAUGGAUUUUGGUUAGAAUUAUGUCAGGGAUUUAAAGAGAGAGGACAUUAAUGGAGCUUUUCUGGUAUAAUGACCAAUUUGCACUUAUAUUAAAACAAAAUUCCUUGACGUAUUUUGGAAUGAAAUGCAAUUGCAAGUGCAAGGAUAUCUGAUUUUUAUGUUUGGGAGCUGGCAUUUAUUUUAAUGAUCCAAUAUUACUGAUAAUUCAAUACAUUUUUUUUUCCAUUAUUCAUAAAACAAUUGGACCUCUAUAAUAAUGGUAUCUCCUUAAACUAGUGUUUUGUAUUUAGAAACAUCCUUCACAUCAUAAACAAGAUAAAUGCACUCAUCCAGUAGCCUUAACUGUUAUUAGAAGACACAAUUCCAAGCAUCGUUUCACUGCAGAAUCUCACGAUCUACGUGUCAUACUAACAUACCUCAGGUUGAACCUCCAACAGACACCGUUUUGCAUGCUUCACUGUUAUUACUUCGUCACAUGCACAUUCAGUCCAACUGCAACAUUUGCACGUGAUGGGCCAAGUAAGCAAUUCAUUACGCUGUGAAACUGGAUGUGGAUUAAUUGCAUUCCAAUAAGUGCAUAGCAUGACUGCCCCAUUGAAAUUAUAGUUGAUCAACAACAUUUUGUAAAACGUCCAUCCACUCGUCAUAGUAAAUGCUAAUAGGAUGUGCGCUACGCCUUGCAUGGCAGUGGUGACGGCUGGGUGGGCUUUCGUGUGUUUGCAUGCUAGGUGGUGAGGGUUGCUUACAUUAAUUUAUACAGUCACGCAAAUUAGCGUUCCACCAAUGACCUUUGAACCAUCAUGAAAAGGGAGGUGGUGACUGGAACCCAGUAAUUCAAGGGAUUCACUUUCACCCCUGUUGACAUGGCAACCUGCCCCCUAAUGACCUCACUGGACCAUCAUGAUUGUCUUUUUUUUUUUUUAAAUGAGAUUCUUCCCCAUUAUUAACAUUAAUGUUGAAAUGCAUUGAUUGUCACGUUAAGGACACCUUAAAUGUAGUAGUUCGACUUGUCCUUAACCGGUUGGAAUAUCUCACUUGUUCUUUAUUGCUCUGGCAUUCUUGUCUAUUCGAUCUGAAUGCUUUCUUGCACUGGUAUUCAGAAAAAAUGUCCAUUUAUUUAUGUCCCACAAAUGUUGUGUUUUUAUUUUUUGGACAACUAAUUAGUGCUAUAGUCCCUAAGUUAAACCAAAUGUUAAAUUAUUUCCCAAGCAAUGUGUUGGUCCUAAUGUGGACAUCUGCAGUAAAGCCCCUCCGCCGGCAGCCCACGAUUCAUUUCAGCUCCAAUCCUGUCCCAAUGGACUUUUAUGAGGUAUUGUACGUAAUAUAACAAGUUGAAUCGUAUUAAGAUAAUUUCCUUAUACUGCAAGAUGGUUCCGUAAGUAACCAUGGACGUAUACUUUUGUAUGGGGUUCUUUUUGUUAUUAAAGACUUGCAGUCCAACAGUCUAUGCUUUUUUUUUUUCUUUUUUUUUUUUCUUUUUAUUCAUACACUCAGUAUUUUGCUUACUGUAUUUUCCGCAUCGGAGUAUAAGGUGCAUCUUCAAUGACUGGUCUAUUUUAAAACCUUUCACAUAUAGGAUACACUGCAUUAUAAGGUGCAGUAGUAAUAGUUGUGUUAUGCAUUCACUUGAUUGAGCUGCGCUAAAAAUAAAUGUAAUGCUAUGAUUAACCAAUUUUGAUCCUUAUUUAAGGCGCCUCCAACUAUGAGGCACACUGAGUUUUUGAGGCAAUCAAAGGAUUUUAGGUGCACCUUGUGCGGAAACUAUGGUACUUACUGUAUUUAUAAAUUAUCAUUGCUAACAAUGUACUGUAUUACAGUUUUUCUAUUGCUCUGAUAUGUUUCUCAGAACAGAAUUGAAAUUCUCAGAACUACUUGUUCAAACUUCACAACAUGUCACAAAAGUAGCAAAACAACAUGGAUUAUCUGCAAAAAGCCAGUUUUCUGUUCAAAAUACUUGGUCUAUCACUCAAAAUUAAAUGUGUGUCAAUGAACAUGUUUGUGCUGUCAGAAUGAAAAGUCCUU